AUGAAUGGGAGGCUGUACUGUUUGAUCCGGCGUAUCACCUCCCCACCCGUGGCUACUCGUUUGAUUAAGGAGGAAUUGUGCUUAUCCAUGGCUGCCAUUGCGCGUCUGCCUCUACGAAGGGAUCAACUGGCACAUGUAACGAACACGGAGGCCAUAACUACAAGGGCGCAACGCAUCAGCCAUUUAUGCACUCCCACAGAACUAGGAAUGAUAGCGGAGGGUGCCGAAGCACUCUCUUGUAAUCGUUUCGAUCUGGCAGAUGCUCUCAUUGAUGGUGCGUAUGAGUCUGUGCGCAGAGCAGCUUCAUCUACGCGCCUGAGUCACGUAAGUGCAAUUGCUCGGUAUUCGGCUUCAAUUAAAACUUAUGGCAACGAAACAAUUACCACCCUUCUGAAGGCGGGUGCGAGUUUGCUUCAAAAGAAUGACUCGGUACCCGUGCUGAAAUCGUUCUUGGGUGUCGCUCAAUCACACCUCACAGAUGGAGAAAUGAGGGUGUUGAUUGAUGAAAUGUGCGCCAAGGCAACGGAGGAACAACGCCUCUGUAUUAACAGCAUUGGCACGCAGUCUUUGGCCAAAGACGCCGCGAAGUGUGGGGAGGAGACGUUAACGAAGGGAAACGAAGACGGGGACGAAACUGCUGUCGAUGAUGAGGAAACACAAGCAUGGGAUAUGUUACGCGCACGGCAGUGGAUGUUACAAUUGGUGAGGUGUGGGAAGCCACCAACGGCAGCUGAGGCGGUGCAGGCGAUGGAGCUCUACGCACACUUUGCCGUUCGGGACUUUGUUUUACAUGAAAAGAUUGAGGACUUAGUACUGUUAGUCCUUCCUACCGGCAACAAAUUUCAUUUGAACGAAAUGCACAAAAUAGUACUGAGGUCUCCCAACCUCUUCCCGCGAGUGCGCAAUACUCUAGGCCAAGAUCAUAGCGGAGUUUCCGAUGUCCACCGUGCCGAUCGCGGUGUUGAGUGGAGUGACGAUCCCGCCUCUUCCCUAACAACAACCUACACAACCUCCAGGGCAUACAGUAUGUUGCUGCUGGGUCAGAGAUUGUCAGAGGACAUAAUGUUUGAUGUCGUACAGGAGCAGAGUGAAACCAUUCCCGUUGAUGUGGCGGCGCAGGCGGCAUGUCUAUUUGCUGAAAAGGGUGACAUUCCUGAAGGCGUCAUCUUGCGCCUCUCGGCAGAACUCGAACACAUUAGUCCACAAGGAGUUACGGCGUUUGUCAGGGCAGCUCGACGCGAUUCUUCCGGAGCAUUGCUGCCCCACUACGCGGCCGUUCUUAACCGGUUUACUGAGAGGGAUCUCUGUGACACGCCACUGGAGACGCUGCUGCAAAUGUGUGAAGUGUUUGCACUACCAGCCCCCCGAGGCACCAGUGAGGGAGACAACGACUCUAUAAAUGAGUCCCAGAGUAAGUUUCAGAAAGCGUUGAUAGUGCGGCUUUUCUCAGUGAUACAGGGUUCCCGCGAUGUGCCGUUCCUUUGUAAAGUGGCGAAGGCAGUGCGCGCGUUCGACGCAAAUGACGAGUUGAUACAAUUUGUUUGUUCUUCCAUCUGCGCUCAGGGGGCUCUCUCCGAAUGCGAAGCACUCAUUGCGUUUGAUAUGAUACGAUGCUGCGACUUUGUUUAUGAGCCGCUAUUAGACGCCAUGGAACCCGUGUUCCGCCGACUUGUCGAGUCUGUGUCCGCGAUGUUGGAAGGUAAGUCCACCAUCAAUGAUGUAGAAGUACGACGCUGUGCCUGUUUUGCCACGCUUCAGUCAGAGUUUGACUGCCCCGAUUUUGAAACGCUGGCAUCACUUCUGGUGCACACAGUGGAGAAAAAUGUGACCGGCUGUCCUGUCGAGCUCAUCCCGUCGGUUGGAUUGCUCUGCGUCAGGACGAGGCGCACAAGUGCUCUUUAUAUCGUUGGCAACAAAUUAGAAGGGAACAUGCAACAGCUGUCUGACGAUGCCAUUGGCGAGUUAGCGCGGCUGCUCGUGGGCACAGAGAAUUUGGCAACAAAGGAGCUGGCAGUCGAAUUUCAAUCCGUUGUUGUGAGUCGUCUGUUACGCCAACAAUCUUUACCACCGGACGUUGUCGCCUUGUCGGCUGUUGUAUGGCUUCGACAGGGUGACAAAGUGGGGACUAUCGACGAACGGUCAGUUGAUUACAUUAUCAAGUGGAUGUACGCAAUCGGUUCGAGUGUGUACACAGAUUUGUGCCUUGCAGUUCACUUGUCGGCGUCAGUGGAGUCGCUCUCGAACGCGCUCAUUGAUGAUCUCCCGAGGAGACUGGAGCUGCUGACGACCAACGAGAUGGCGAAUGCUAUAUUUGGUCUCGGUGAGGUUUCUGAUAUGGGAGCACGCCUUUCUCACCAACUGGUCGCGGAGAGAUGUUCGGACUACGUUGUUGAUCAUUCGCAGGAGUUCUGGAGUGGGAAAGUUAUUGCGCGGCUUCUGUAUGGUUUCUCGCGCAUGCAUUGCACAAAGCGAAGCCUAUAUAACGUGUUCGCAACGCGCCUUGCUCAUCGGCCAGUGUUUUCCCUUUUGGAUCAAGAGGCAAUCAGUUUUGCUAUAGCCGCCUUUGGAAGGGUGAAGUACCUCGACAAGAAACUCUUUGACCGCUUCACGCGUUGGAUAUUGGAUCACUCAAAGGAUCUGAACGCUGCGGAGUUACUCUUGACUAUAAGGGGUGUCAGCCGCGUGAUGUUGUUGAACGACCAACUGUACGACGACCUUGGGUCAAAGGCCGCAGAGAAGGUAAAAGAAUUCCCAAUCGAGUCUCAGUGCGUGCUUUUGUCGUCUUUUGGGUCACUCGGCGUUGAACACGAGAGGCUCGCGUCUCGGAUGGUUUCAAGCAUCGCAGAGAAUAGGGAAGAGUUGACAGACGCUACCAAGGCUGUCGAUGUCAUUACCUCCCUGUGGUCAAUGAACUAUGACGUUGAGGACGAUAAGCAUGUGGCACAACUGGCGGAUUGGGUGGUGCAGCGGGCGGAGGAACUGACUGAUGAGUCUAUUGGUAAGUUGUGUCUUGUGUUAAGCGACACUAACUGGCGACACGUUCCACUUGUACGAGCAAUAGCCGAGCAGUCGGUACGAUUGCAAGGUCAACAAAGCAUUUCUCCCAAGUGCUGCAGGGAGGUGCUAGAUGUGCUCGGAACCUUUAUGAUACACCAUCAGGGUGCCCGCGAGAAUCUUUCGGCACUCGGUAGGAGUAUAAGCAAAGAGAGGAUUCAGCUUUCUGAAGAGGAGGAACAGCAUCUUCAGCUUCUAUUGAGACGCUGA